ACCCUGCCCUUCGGAGUUCCACCCUCACCCACCCCGCCCUCCAACAUGUUCACCAAGUUGCGGGCUCCCUUCCGUCGGUCGACGACGGACGAGGCCGGCACCGCCGUCACCCUGCCCUCCCCCUCCCCCGUCGACGGCACCAGCAGCGCCCUGCCCGGCGAGAAGAACGUCGAGGCCGGCGUAGCCCCCACCACCGACAGCACCAACACCGACUCGGACGAGGAGCACCCCGAAUCCACCGAGGAUCAGGCCGGUACCUUCACCGUCGAGGCCAUCACCGCCACCUGGACCAAAGCCUCUCUGAUUGCCGUCUUCAUCAACAUCUGGUUCCUCUACUUCGUCAACGCCUUCCAAGUCGAAAUCCUGUCCACGCUGGUCCCCUAUCUCACCUCGGCCUGGGACUCGCACUCGCUGCUCAAUGUCAUCUACGUGGUCUCCGACUGCUGCACGGCGGCCAUCUUCAUCCCGCUGGCCAAGAUGAUGGACGUGUGGGGCCGUGCCGAGGGCUUCGCCUUCAUGGCCAUCAUCUCGACGAUGGGGCUGAUCAUCAUGGCGGCGUGCCACAACCUGCCCACCUUCUGCGCGGGCUACGUCUUCUACAACGUCGGCUUCUCGGGCAUCACCUUCUGCGUCGACACGCUGACCGCCGACGCCUCGCAGCUGCGCAACCGAGCGCUGGCCUACGCCUUCACCUCGUCGCCCUACAUCAUCUCCGCCUUCGCGGGCCCCAAGGCCGGCGAGGACGCCCUCGGCAUGAGCAUGCGCUGGGCCUUCGGCGCCUUCGCCAUCAUCUUCCCCAUCGUCGCCGCCCCGCUGUACUGCAUCCUGCGGUACAACACCAACAAGGCUAAGAAGGAGGGCCGCCUCGUGCGCGAGCGCAGCGGCCGCACGCUGACCCAGAACAUCUGGUUCUGGGCCAUGGAGUUCGACGUGGUCGGCGUCCUCCUCUUCUCGGCGGGACUGGUCGUCUUCUUCCUCCCGUUCGACAUCGCCAGCAUGGCCCCGCACGGCUGGAAGACGGGGUACAUCAUCGCGAUGAUCGUGGUGGGGUUCUCGAUGAUCGUCUUCUUCGCGAUCUGGGAGUACUACUUCGCGCGGGUGCCGUUCAUGAAGCUGAAGUACCUGACGGACCGGACGGUGCUGGGGGCGUGCCUGCUGGACGCGACGUACCAGGUGUGCUACUACUGCUGGGACAGCUACUUCACCUCGUUCCUGCAGGUGGUCAACGACCUGUCGGUGGCGGACGCCGGCUACGUGAACAACACGUUCGACGUGGUGUCGGGCGUGCUGCUGCUGUUCAUCGGCUGGCUGAUCUCGCGCACCGGCAAGUUCCGCUGGCUGCUGUACUGGGCGGUGCCGCUGUACAUCUUCGCGCAGGGGCUGAUGAUCUACUUCCGCCGCCCCAACCAGAACGUCGGGUACCUGGUGAUGUGCCAGAUCUUCAUCUCCAUCGGAGGCUCGGUGUUUAUUCUUGUGCAGCAGCUGGCCGUCGAGGCCGCCGUCGACCACCGCCACGUCGCCGCCACGCUGGCGCUGCUGAACGUCGUCGGCACCGUCGCCGACGGCAUCGGCUCCACCAUCUCCGGCGCCAUCUGGACCAACACCUUCGAGAAGGGCCUGUACAAGUACCUGCCCGCCGACGCCCUCCCGGACAUCGACGACAUCUACGAGGACAUCGACACCCAGCUCAGCUACCCGGUCGGCAGCGCCGUGCGCACCGCCAUCCAGGAGGCCUACGGCUACGCCCAGACCCGCAUGCUGGCUGUCGGCACCGGCCUGUUCGCGCUGGCCUUCAUCUGGAUGUUCAUGAUCCGCGACAUCGACCUGCGCAAGAAGAAGCAAGUCCACGGUAUGGUGUGGUAGGCAGCAGCAGCAGCAGCACCACCACCACCACCACCGACACAAAUAUCACCAUCACCAUCACCAAAAGGGGAGAAGAAGGGGAGGGAAGCGCUGCUUCCACCUACAGAUACCUGGCGCUUUGCCGUUUUUCCAUGUUACCCCGUUUUUAUCCGCAGCCCCUGACCACGGGCUGUUUAGUUUAUACCUCUGUAUCUAGUUUUAAUUCAUCUGCAUUGCCUGC